AUGGAAAGGUUCAAGAAGCUUGGGCCAGUGGUCUUCAAGGGGGUGAGUACUGAUCCACUUUGGCCAGCGAUAUGGGUAGAGGAAAUGGAGAAGAUUUUCAUUGUUCUGGAGUGCACUGACCACCAGAGAGUGGCUUGUGCUACAUUUAUGCUACAGGGAGAAGCUCAUAUGUGGUGGAAGGCCCACAAGCAAAUUUUAAUAGCUGCUGAUCCGGUUAUCACUUGGGCACGCUUUGUGUCAGCCUUCUUCGAGAGUUACUUCCCAGACAGUGUGAAAGAGGCCAAGGAAGUGGAAUUUCUACAAUUGGAACAGGGUUCUGACAAUGUGAUGACCUAUAGGAAGAAAUUUGAAGAUUUAGCCUACUUUGCACAAGAGUACAUUGACAUUGAUGCAAAAAAGGCUAAGAAAUUUGUGAGGGGACUGAAGGCUCAACUAAAGGCAGCCAUUGUGGCACCGAAGCUCACAUCAUAUGUUGAUGUACUACAGAGGGCUCUAAUGAUAGAAGAGAGCUUGAAGGAUACUUCACAGAACACAACUAGCAAAGUGUAG